UUAUAUAUAUUUACUCAGUAUAUGACGUAGAUUUGAAUUAUUUACCAAAAGUCAAGGUAACGUUUAGAGUGACAUGUUUUUAAAUGGAGAUGUCGUUUUUACCUCCCAGGUGGAACGGUUCACUGCGGGUCUCUGUUUCCACCGGACCAGCGACAUUCCCAAACAUGGCAACCUGCACGCGGACCGUGUGGAAAGCUCUCUCAGGGUGUCAGCAGCUGCUCGGCCCCCUGUCGGCCCUGAGGCUCCUCCCCCCCGUCAGGACUCUGGCUGUCAAGGCGCUGAGGAAAGACAAGAAAGAGGAGAAAGAGAAGGAGGAGAAGAAAGAAAGGACGGUCGUCGACGACAAAGACCGCCAUAAGCCCUUCGGCAAGACGGCGUGGAACCCGGUGGACGACGUGUACUUCAUGAGGUACUACCCCCGCACGCGGUACGGGGCGGCGGAGGCCGUGGACCUGCUGAAAGACCUCCAGAGGCUGGACUUCGCCCCCCCACGGCAACCGGUCUUCAUCGACCUGAAGCUGGACAUGAAGCUGGAGAAGAAGAAAAGGGUGGAGUUGUUUGUCAGCACGGUGCACCUCCCUCACCCCUUCACCACCAAGAUGAACACCGUUCUAGUUUUCACCGAGGAUCCUGAUCAGGCUCGAGUGGCCAUGGAGAGCGGAGCGGCGUUCGCUGGAGGAGCCGAACUCAUUCAGCCGAUUCUAGAUGACGAGGUCUCAGCCGACUUCUACGUGUCGGUGCCGGAGAUCCUCCCCAAACUGCUGCUGCUGAAGAACAAGCUGAGGAGGAAGUUCCCCAAGAGCAAGAGAGGCGCCGUGGGCAUCAACAUUCCCAGGAUGGUGUCGUUGUUCCAGACGGGUCAGGAGGUGAUGGUGGAGAGCGAGUGCUACGUCAGGACUCAGAUAGCGAUGCUGGACAUGACCAGGGACCAGAUCCUCUCCAACCUUCAGGCGGUGCUGCUGGAGGUCUGCUCCCACCGGCCGGCGGACGCCGGACCUCUCAUCGAGCGAGCGAUCAUCGCCAGUCAAACCAGUGAAGCUCUGUGGUUGAGGAGCGAAGACCUUCUCCCCAAACCAGCAGAGCACAAGGCUGUGUGACUCGUCCUCGGAUUGUAAAUGUAUAUAAAUAUAUAUAUAUAUAAAUAUAUAUAUGUUCCCAUUGUUCCUCCUGUUGAAUAAAGUUUUUGUUCUGA